UCUCCACACCACUCACUGUUCUCUCUCUUUCUACCAUUCCAUGACAUGAUCACCACUUGCAGAACUUCUUCAACCACCAACCUUGGAGGAGCUCAACCUCUUUCUCUGCGCUUCCUAUCCAAACCAGCGCCCUUUCUAUCUCUGAGCUUCUUCUUCCCCUAUCACUCUGCUAACAAUGGCAUUGCGGUUUCUUCAACCCAGUGCAAACCCAGAAUCCGGUGCGACAAAGAAGUAGGGAAUGGUAAUAAUAAUGGAAUUGAAGAAGAUGAAGAGGCUGAACGUGAGGUGCAGUGUGAGGUUCAAGUGGUUUCUUGGAGGGAAAGGAGAGUCAAGGCCGAAAUUCCUGUCAAUGCUGACAUUGAAUCCGUUUGGAACGCUCUCACUGAUUAUGAUCAUCUCGCUGAUUUCAUUCCAAAUCUUGUGUGGAGUGGGAAAAUUCCUUGCCCGUAUCCUGGACGGAUAUGGUUAGAGCAAAGAGGAUUUCAAAGGUCAAUGUAUUGGCACAUAGAAGCUCGUGUUGUCUUGGAUCUUCAAGAACUCAUCAAUUCUGCAUGGGAUCGAGAACUUCACUUUUCCAUGGUUGAUGGAGACUUUAAGAAGUUUGAGGGCAAAUGGUCUGUCAAAUCUGGAACAAGAUCUUCAUCAACUAAUUUAUCUUAUGAAGUUAAUGUUAUACCAAGAUUCAAUUUCCCAGCUAUUUUCUUGGAAAGGAUUAUCAAAUCAGAUCUCCCUGUGAACCUCCAAGCCUUGGCAUAUAGAGUUGAGAGGAAUAUUUCAGGAAAUCAGAAACUCUCCCUUCCAGAAAAUCACUUGGAUAAAACUUCUAGUGAUAUUAAUGAGUCAUCUGCCCAAAAGAUAAAUAGUGCUUUGUGUGAAAACAAAGAAGAUUUAGUCAACUCAAUUCCUGGCACCUUGCCCAUGCCUUCCAGUGAGGUGAACAUCAAUAAUUGGGGUGCAUUUGGAAAAAGUUGCAGACUUGACAGGCCUUGCAUGGUGGAUGAAAUUCAUCUCCGUAGAUUUGAUGGACUUUUGGAAAAUGGAGGUGUUCAUCGCUGCGUUUUUGCUAGCAUAACAGUUAAAGCUCCUGUUCGUGAUGUAUGGACUGUAAUGUCUUCAUAUGAGUCUCUUCCUGAGAUAGUUCCAAAUUUAGCAAUCAGUAAGAUUUUAUCACGAGAUAACAAUAAAGUCCGCAUUCUCCAGGAAGGGUGUAAAGGUCUGCUUUAUAUGGUGCUUCAUGCUCGAGUUGUGCUAGAUUUGUGUGAAUAUCUAGAACAGGAGAUCAGUUUCGAACAGGUUGAAGGGGACUUUGACUCAUUCCAGGGAAAAUGGACUUUCGAGCAACUAGGAAAUCAUCACACACUGCUAAAGUACUCCCUGGAGUCAAAAAUGCGCAAAGACACUUUCCUUUCUGAAGCUAUCAUGGAAGAGGUCAUUUAUGAAGAUCUCCCAUCAAACUUGUGUGCAAUAAGAGACUAUAUCGAGAACAAGACAGCAUCAAAUAUUUUGGAAGCAUGUAAGCAGAAUACAAAUUCAGGGCAACAAACUGUUCCAUCUGGCUUUGAAGAUGAUGACAGCUAUUGUUCAGCUGAAGACUUGUCUGAUUGCAAUGCUCAAAGCUCAUCUCAACAAAGACCAAGAGUUCCAGGCUUACAAAGAGAUAUUGAAGUCCUAAAAUCUGAACUUCUGAAAUUCAUUGCAGAACAUGGACAGGAAGGAUUUAUGCCAAUGAGGAAGCAACUUCGUUUGCAUGGAAGAGUGGAUAUUGAGAAGGCUAUAAAUCGCAAGGGUGGAUUCAGAAAGAUUGCAACUAUAAUGAACCUCUCUCUGGCUUACAAACACCGCAAACCAAAGGGUUACUGGGACAAUCUUGAAAAUUUGCAUUAUGAGAUAAGUAGAUUUCAAAGGAGCUGGGGAAUGGACCCUUCUUUUAUGCCUAGCAGAAGGUCAUUUGAACGUGCAGGGCGGUUUGAUAUAGCACGGGCACUGGAAAAGUGGGGCGGACUUCGUCAGGUUUCUCGCCUCCUCUCCCUCAAGGUGAGGCGGCAACGAAGCAGACAGGGCAAGCUUGCCAAGGAUAAGAAAGUUGAUGAUGAUGUAGCAUCACCUGAUGUAGAUCGUGAGAUCAAGACACCAUCUAGACCCACUGUUUCUCAAGAUCCACAAAAAUGGCUUACAGAACUAAAACAGUUGGACAUAAAUUGGGUUGAGUAGUAAAAACAGUAUAAUGAAUUGGAUAUAUGUAUAUAUAUUGGUUCAAAUAUAAUUUUAUGCUUAUUGUAAUACAUGUUUUUCA